CGGCUUAUCUCCAACAUAACUAACGGCUCAUUCAGAUCCUAGCUAACGCCGACGCAACUACUGAUUAGAGAUGAAUACAGCAGAGAAGGUGGUGUGUGUAACCGGAGCCUCUGGUUACGUAGCUUCAUGGCUCGUUAAGCUUUUACUACAACGCGGCUACACUGUUAAAGCCACUGUUCGUGACCCAAGUGAUCCAAAAAAGACACAGCACUUGCUUGCCCUUGAUGGGGCUAAGGAAAGGCUUCAUUUGUUGAAGGCAGAGUUGUUGGAGGAAGGAUGCUUUGACUCUAUAGUGGAUGGAUGCCAUGGUGUUUUCCAUACAGCCUCCCCUGUCAUCUUUUCAGCUACAGACCCACAGGCAGAACUAAUUGAUCCAGCAAUCAAGGGUACACUGAAUGUUCUUAAAUCAUGUGCCAAAGUUCCUUCCAUCAAGAGAGUUGUCAUAACAGCUUCUAUCGUCUCAGUCGUAUACAACGGAAAACCUUUGACUUCUGAUGUGGUGGUCGAUGAGACUUGGUUUUCAGAUUCACGUUUUUGUGAGAAAAAUAAGCUUUGGUAUAUGGCCUCAAAAACUUUAGCAGAGGAAGCUGCUUGGAGGUUUGCAGAAGAGAAGAAGAUGGACUUGGUUGUACUUAAUCCAGGAUUUGUGGUUGGUCCUCUUUUACAGCCAUCUCUAAAUUACACUUCAGAGGUGGUUCUAGCCCACACAAGAGGAGAAAACAUUUUUCCUAGUUCAAUCUAUUGGCUUGUUGAUGUUCAAGAUGUUGCAUAUGCACAUAUUCAAGCAUUUGAGAUUCCUUCAGCUACUGGCAGAUAUUGCUUAGUGGAAAGAGUUGUAGAGUUUCCGGAGAUUCUGAAGACCUUGAAUGAGCUUUAUCCUACUUUGGGCCUCGAAAGAAAAUGUGAAGAACUUCACAAGCCUCUUAAGCGUACAUACCAGGUGUCCCAGGAGAAAGCAAAAAGUUUGGGUCUCAGCUUCACUACUUGGGAGAGGAGUCUCCGGGAAACUGUUGAAAGCUUGAAGGAGAAAGGAUUCUUAAGCAUUUGAAUUAAUUGUUACUUCAUUUUAAUGCUCCAUGAACAUGUUAUUUCUAGUUUAUGUUUGCGAUCGUUCGCUGCUGCCGUUUGUUGAAUAAUUAGCGUCUUGAGGACUUGGUUUUAAGCAUUUGUGUCUUGGGUUCCGUUUUCUUAUCAGCUUAAACCAACUUAUAUGACGUAAAGAAUUUGGCCAUUAUAUAUGGUUGAUAAUGUCAGGUUUGCUGAUUUCUAAAAGUGAA